AAAAGGGCUUAAGGCCAUUGGUGUGUACCGAACCUGGGCGGCGACUCAAACCCUAGUUCCUUAAGGUAAGCAAAAAUGGCGGUGCCGUUGCUGACGAAGAAGAUCGUGAAGAAGCGGGUCAAGAAGUUUAAGAGACCCCAGAGUGACCGCAAGAUCUCUGUCAAGGAGAACUGGAGAAGACCAAAGGGUAUUGAUUCUCGUGUCAGGAGAAAGUUUAAAGGAUGCACUUUGAUGCCCAACAUCGGUUAUGGAUCCGACAAGAAGACUCGUCACUAUCUUCCCAAUGGAUUUAAGAAGUUUGUUGUGCACAAUGUCAAGGAGCUAGAAGUCUUGAUGAUGCACAAUAGGACCUACUGUGCCGAGAUCGCACAUAAUGUGUCCACAAAGAAGAGGAAGGAGAUUGUGGAGAGAGCUGCACAGCUUGAUGUUGUUGUUACUAACAAGCUUGCCAGGUUGCGCAGCCAAGAGGAUGAAUAAGCUUUGUAUCCGGAUAUAUUUGCUUUUUGUAGCGAGAUUUUAACAGUUUUCUCUGUUUGAAGAGUUGUAGACAGAUUAUAUACAGUUUUGUUUUAUUUUUUAUCGACUUCUAUAUUUCUGCACAAUCUCAUGUGUUAUUCAGUUAAUUAUUGUGAUAGCUUUGUUCA